UGCCUCGCUAGCACAGUUGGUCCGCGCUGCCGAAAGGUCUGGUCGCCGAGGCAGGAACGCGCAAUCCUCAGCGUGCACCAUUCCCAUAGCAUCCCUCCAGGCUCCGCAGGCAGCGAGCCUCUGGGCACCGGGCCCCUCUGCUCCGCGGAAAAGCCUGAUGAAGUCCUCCGAUAUCGAUCAGGACUUAUUUACAGACAGUUACUGCAAGGUGUGCAGCGCACAGCUGAUAUCGGAAUCUCAGCGUGUGGCCCACUACGAGAGUCGAAAACAUGCCAGCAAAGUCCGACUGUAUUACAUGCUUCACCCCAGGGAUGGUGGGUGUCCAGCCAAGAGGCUCCGAUCAGAAAACGGAAAUGAUGCUGAUAUGGUGGAUAAAAACAAAUGCUGUACCCUCUGUAACAUGUCGUUCACCUCCGCAGUGGUGGCUGACUCACAUUAUCAAGGCAAAAUCCACGCCAAAAGGUUAAAACUGUUGCUAGGAGAGAAAACCCCGUUAAAGACCACAGCCACGCCUCUGAGCUCACUUAAACCUCCGAGGGUGGACACUGCUCCAGCGGUUCCGUCUCCCUAUCAAAGAAGAGAUUCAGACAGAUACUGUGGACUCUGUGCAGCCUGGUUCAACAAUCCUCUGAUGGCCCAGCAGCAUUACGAUGGCAAGAAGCACAAAAAGAAUGCGGCAAGAGUUGCUUUGUUAGAGCAGCUGGGGACAACUCUGGAUAUGGGCGAACUAAGAGGUCUGAGGCGCAAUUACAGAUGUACCACCUGCAGUGUCUCUCUAAACUCAAUAGAACAGUAUCAUGCCCAUCUGAAAGGAUCCAAACACCAGACCAACCUGAAGAAUAAGUAGUAAGAACAUCAAUCAAGAGAUGAGGAAAGAAGUCAGGAUUUUCUGCCUUGGAGAAAUGCUUACCAACCACCAGAGGAAGAUCUGUUCACGAACAAUGAACAUUUCUCAUGAGGAUUCAGAUUAACAUAGGACUAAUCUUAGUUUUGGGGAAUGAAUGAGCUUCCUUUCUUUCUAUUUUUUUUUUUAAUUUUGUGGUAAGCUAUGAUAUGUGGAUGGAUUUUGGAAAAAUUCUUUCCUGAUAAUAUAUUUAGCACAUGUUCUACAUCAUAAUCCUAUAGCAAACAGCAGGAGCAUCAUUCAAACUUAAAGACAGUGGGGAAAAAAAAUCUCAGUUUCCAAUUUAUUCUCAGAUUUCUUCACCAUGUAAUUAUUCUGUUAACUCCUUGCUGGUGGAAAUGCAAACCACGUCUAUCAAGAAAUAAACUUUAUUUUUUCAUCGUGUUGAACACAAUUGGUGGCAAUGUGCACAGAACCUGACCACUAUUAGUAGAAGUUAUAUAAUGGACACAAAUUCUCAUUUCGCCUUCAAAAAUACGAGCCAGCUUUGCCAUCCGAUCAAGAAUAAGGACGGUAAAUCAAGGAGAAAUCCUCCUUUUCUUUUUUCCUGAUCAUUCAAAGAACAGUUUCUCAAGGUUAAGCCAAGUCCUCUUUUGCAAGCUGCCAAAAUAAUAGCUUAGGAAAAGAAUUAGUUUGCCUGCAUGAUGAUCCUCUUAGGCAAAAAUGUCUUAAUAGCAGUUGACCUCGAUGAAACGUUUUCCCAAAGGCAUUCACGAAAAGAACGAUCAGCCCCAGAAUGAGAGGAAAAUAAAAGAAUGUUUUCUUAUGAAGUUGGCCUGAAUUGUGGACGUUCGUGUAGGGCAAGGAGGAUCUGGAAAGAAAUGAGGGAAUUCUGCACAAAUAACCACCUUGGACAUUGAGGUCACCCGUUCCUGUCUUUGUCACUCAAGUCCUCUUGCUGAGCUGAGAUUCAGCCACUCUGGAGAGAAUGCCACUGGCCAGUAUGGCAGACUGGAAAACCGUUCCUCUCUGAAGGGGGAUGUGUCUGAGGUUGAAAUCUCUAGGUUGAAAUCUUCUGCACGGCAACUGGAUUUGUUGUCCUGCAGGCUCACCGCAAAGCUGGGCAUUUACACUCUAGUCUGAAUGCUUCUUAGAGCCCUGACUGGGGUUGCCCUUUGUACAUUGUGACCACAGGGGGUUGGUCUCCCCAUGUCAGGGUUUUCUGGGUGUCUGUGAUUUUUCCACAGAGACCUAAGGUGGUUACAACUCGGGGAGCAA